CGACCAGCAGCUCCAGCCUAACAACCCUACACACUUACAGCCAUGUUCUUCAAGGUGUGCUUAGUCCUGGUGGUAGUGGCCGUGACUAUGGCUGACCCAGGUGACUAUGGACCAGUUUAUAAGUCGGAGCCUCUGCCAUACUAUUACGACUACAAUGUGCAUGACGGCUACAAGGGCACCAACUUCGGCCAGCACGAGAAGUCCGAUGGUAAAAAUGUGUACGGUUCCUACACCGUUGACCUCCCCGACGGUCGCAAACAAAGGGUGGACUACACAGCUGACCACUACAGGGGUUACGUGGCCAAGGUCAGCUACUACGGCAAGGCUCAACACCCUAAACACUACGGCCCUGCCAUCACCUUCUUCAACAAGGGCUACGGAUACGGAGGCUACCACUAACGACUAACUCAGGAACACUCCCAGCAUGACUGAUGUUAUAUUUUUGUAGGGUAAUCGUGGAAGAAUAAACGACAACAAAAUCC